AUGGCUCUGAAAAACUCUCUUGCUCUCUUUCUUCUCUUCAACGUCCUUUUCUUCACCCUCACUACAGCCAACCGAAGUACCGAUUGUCCUCCUCCACCCCGCAAACACAACAAACACAAACCUAGCCCACCAACCGCACCAGCCACUACCGGGACUUGCCCUAAAGAUGCUUUAAAGCUCGGUGUUUGUGUUAACGCACUCAACUUGUUGAACGAUGUAACUCUCGGAACUCCUCCCGUGACUCCAUGUUGCAGCCUCAUCAAGGGUUUGGUCGAUCUUGAAGCUGCGGCUUGUCUUUGCACUGCCCUUAAGGCUAGUGUUCUUGGCAUCAACCUGUACCUCCCCAUCAACCUUAGCUUGCUUCUCAAUGUUUGCAGCAGAAAGGCACCAGCUGGCUUCCAGUGUCCCUAA